CGAGGCGCGCCGGGGCGGCUGGAGCGGUUUCUUCGCAAGCGGCGCCAUUUUGUGCUGGGAGCCGAGAUAAAUCCGGCCCGGUUUUCUGUGAAGUGGGCGGCGGAGCCAGGGUCCCUGGAAUGGCGGAGACUCUGUCAGGCCUAGGCGAUUCGGGUGCGGCGGGCGCAGCGGCUCUGAGCUCCGCCUCGUCGGAGACCGGGACGCGGCGCCUCAGCGACUUGAGGGUGAUCGAUCUGCGGGCGGAGCUGAGGAAACGGAACCUGGACUCGAGCGGCAACAAGAGCGUUUUGAUGGAGCGGCUUAAAAAGGCAAUUGAAGAUGAGGGGGGUAAUCCUGAUGAAAUUGAAAUUACCUCUGAAGGAAAUAAGAAGACAUCAAAGAGAUCCAGCAAAGGGCGCAAACCAGAAGAAGAGGGUGUGGAAGAUAACGGGCUAGAGGAAAAUUCUGGGGAUGGACAGGAGGAUGUUGAGACCACUUUGGAGAACUUGCAGGACAUCGACAUGAUGGAUAUCAGUGUGUUGGAUGAAGCAGAAAUCGAUAAUGGAAGUGUUGCAGAUUGUGUGGACGACGACGAUGCUGAUAAUCUCCCGGAGUCCCUGUCUGAUAGUAGAGAGCUAGUCGAGGGAGAAAUGAAGGAGCUUCCUGAGCCGCUUCAAGAACAUGCUGUAGAGGACAAAGAAACUAUAAACAAUUUAGAUACUUCAUCAUCUGACUUCACUAUAUUACAGGAAAUUGAAGAGCCAUCCUUGGAGCCAGAAAAUGAGAAAAUACUCGACAUUUUGGGGGAAACUUGUAAAUCUGAGCCAGUAAAAGAAGAAGGUUCCGAGCUGGAGCAGCCAUUUGCACAGGAAACAAGUAGCGUGGGGCCAGACAGAAAGCUUGCGGAGGAAGAGGACCUUUUUGACAGCGCCCAUCCGGAGGAGGGUGAUUUAGAUUUGGCCAGCGAGUCAACAGCACAAGCUCAGUCGAGCAAGGCAGACACCCUGUUAGCGGUAGUGAAAAGGGAGCCCGUGGAGCAGACAGGCGAUGGCGAGAGGACGGACUGUGAGCCUGUAGGGCUAGAGAAGCCAGUUGAGCAGAGUAGUAAAGCCUCAGAGCACACGGAAGCCUGUAGCGAGGAGGCCUCGGAAGCGCCCCCGGAAGCCUCAAGCCCAGACCCCAGGGAUAGCAAAGAAGACGUGAAGAAGUUUGCUUUUGAAGCUUGUAAUGAAGUCCCUCCGGCUCCUAAAGAGUCCUCAGCCAGUGAGGGCGCUGAUCAGAAAAUGAGUUCUGUCGAAGAUGACUUGGAUACCAAAAGGCUUUCCAAAGAGGAAAAGGGUCGUAGCAGUUGUGGUAGGAAUUUCUGGGUUAGUGGACUUUCUUCUACCACCAGAGCUACAGAUUUGAAGAAUCUUUUCAGCAAGUAUGGGAAGGUGGUGGGCGCCAAGGUUGUGACCAACGCCCGGAGUCCUGGAGCUCGCUGCUACGGCUUUGUUACCAUGUCCACCGCGGAAGAGGCCACAAAAUGCAUUAACCACCUGCACAAAACAGAGCUCCACGGGAAGAUGAUCUCAGUGGAAAAAGCAAAAAAUGAACCUGCUGGGAAGAAAACUUCUGACAAAAGAGAAGGGGAGGGGAAAAAAGAGAAGUCUAGCAAUGCUGACAGAUCUGCAAACCUUAAGAGAGAAGAGAAGCCCGACAGAAAAGAUGAUGCUAAAAAGAGUGAAGAUGGAAGUGGAGAAAAGAGCAAAGAUCAGGAUGAUCAGAAACCUGGCCCUUCAGAACGAUCUCGAACCACAAAAUCAGGAAGUCGAGGAACUGAGCGGACUGUGGUGAUGGAUAAAUCUAAAGGUGUGCCUGUUAUCAGUGUCAAAACAUCAGGAUCCAAAGACAGAGUUUCCAAGAGCCAGGAUCGCAAAUCGGCCAGCAGGGAGAAGCGGUCUGUUGUGUCCUUUGAUAAAGUCAAAGAGUCGAGGAAGUCACGAGACUCAGAGUCCCGCAGGGUGCGCGAGCGCAGUGAGCGAGAGCAGUGCAUGCAGGCACAGCUGGAGCGGGAGGAGCGCAAGCGGCUGCUCAUCGCCCGCGAGAGGCUGGCUUUCCACAGACAUCGCCUGGAGCGGGAGCGGCUGGAGCGCGAGCGGCUGGAGCGCGAGCGCAUGCGCGUGGAGCACGAGCGCAGGCGCGAGCAGGAACGCAUCCACCACGAGCGCGAGGAGCUGCGGCGCCAACAGGAGCUGCGCUAUGAGCAGGAGCGGCGGCCCGCUGUGCGGAGGCCCUACGACGACGGGCGGCGAGAUGAUGCUUACUGGCCAGAAGCUAAGCGGGCCGCCCUGGAUGAGCGUUACCAUUCUGACUUCAACCGCCAGGACCGCUUCCACGACUUUGACCACAGGGACCGGGGACGCUACCCUGACCACUCAGUCGACAGGAGAGAAGGUUCAAGGUCAAUCAUGGGAGAAAGAGAAGGACAGAUUGAGAACUUCCCCAAAGAGCCUUGACUUCUUAGUGGGUUUCCUUGGAGAAUCAGAGGGAUGAGGGAAAGUUGUGGUCAGGGCAUCGUUCUGGCAGAAUCGCUGCCCCGUGGGUCGGUCUUCUCCCUGACUACAGCACCGACGUUCAGUCCUAUCCUCCCUCCAUGCCUGAGAACAUGGCUGGGAAUGGCUAAGCUCCUUGACUGCAUCUGAGGAGUUCGCUGCCACCUCAGGAGCAAUUCCAUGACCCUCACGGGAUUCCUGUUUCUCUGCUCCCGGGCAUAAAUCUCCCAUGCAGCUAAAUGUACCCCUAGUGUCAUGGGCAUCCUUUGGUGGAGACAUUGAGCACAGUGGUUAAACGUCCAGGCUCCAGAAUCAGGACCAGGGUCACAUCGCGGGGCCACCACUGCUGCUGAGCCUGUUUCUCCAGCUGUGAAAGGAGGGGAGGGAGGGUGAGGUGGAGUGGGGGUUAAAUGAGAUGACAUACGUGUCUGCGGCAAGUGUUUGCCCAGUCCUGCCGUGUUGCUCUUGAUCAUGGAUAGCUAUUCUCAUCUGAUGAGAUAGUGCUCUCCUGACUGAGAGGAGUGUUUGUGUUCUCACAUCCAUAAUCACAAGUAAGACACAACUGCUGCCCCGAACGGCAAAUGGUGACAUCUGACACAGAAAGGGAAAACCAGCACAGGCCUCAGGGCCUUGUUGGACUGGUCCGUGGGUGGGUGGGUUGUUAGACAGGAGAAUGUUGGUUAAAUUUUAAAACACCAGGGAGAGAUGGGAAUGGGCUUUAAAUAACUAGGUCUUGCUGAGAUGAACUUCUAUCCUUUCAGUGUUUGUCUGAUUAGUCUUCAGAAGGCUAUUGAUAAAAGGUCAUUCUUAAAUGUUUGUCCAAAAUUAAAUGAAGCUGUGUAAAGCAUGAGCUAUAAUUUUUUUAAAGUCAGUGCACUUUGAAGGUUGUUCGUAGAACUACUUCCGGAA